UUUCGCCUUCGCAUCAUAGAGAUAAUGCUUCGCAAGCACUGUAUACUACGCGCAAAAUAGUAUACUACAUCCAGCUCCUGUACUAUUCGCGGCGCCGUACUGUGACUGAAGGACGCGGCGUUAUAUUUGAAAUCCGGGCGUAUAUACUCUUUCACAAGUGACGAACAUUGUGUUUCCGUUUGGACGGUUUUUAUAGCACGGAAUACGGUCAAAGAUAACUAAUUCAAGAUGGGAAGCGUGGAACUAGGCGGUUGUGCUAAAUGCUCAAAAUAUCUUCUGAUUAUAUUCAACGUUCUCUUCUUUCUGGUCGGCAUCGCUCUCCUCGCCGUCGGCAUCUGGGUCAUCGUCCAACCCUACCAGAUUGAAAUCCUCGAAAUCCUGGACAACCCUCUUAUCCAGAACAGUGCCUACCUGAUUAUAGCCAUUGGAUCUUUCAUUAUCGUUGUAUCGGCGUUAGGAUGCUGCGGGGCCUGUAUGAACUCCAAGUGCAUGCUUGUGAUUUACUUCAUCAUCAUCUUAAUUAUCUUCAUCGCUCAGCUGGUUGGAUGUGCUUUGGUUAUUGCAUACAGGGGCAAGGUUGAUGAUUUUGUCACGAACUCAUUAUCCUCCACAAUGGAUCUCUAUGAGGGAGAGGCCGCUAACGAUACCACCAGCACCGCAUGGAAUGCCAUCCAGAUUCUUCUUGAAUGCUGUGGAACCAAUGGAUAUGAAGACUGGGCCGAUAGCACCUGGGUAAACGAUACCAAUCCAACGAUCACGAUCAGUGGCACCUCUCACGACCAGACCUACCCUGCAACAUGCUGUGUGUUUGUGGACAAGUACACGAUUAUUUCCGGUGGAUAUUGGCCGACACCAGUAAACAUCUCAUCGUGUAUGGGCAUCCAAGUACCACUCUCAAACGACACUCUCAAUACAGGGGGCUGCUACAAUGCUUUCCAAGAUUUUGUUACCAAUCAGAUCGCCUACGUCGGUGGGGUCGGCCUUGGACUCCUUAUCUUUGAGCUCCUGUCAAUGGCAUUCGCUAUCAUCCUGUGCCGCGGCAUCUCCAAGGGAGAGGACGUUGUCUAGGCAACGCAUCGUCAUACUCACCACGCCCACCAUUCCACCACUUCCUUUAGUCUUCGCUCCAGACAAAGAACGUCCAUAAAAUAGUAAAAAAAAUCAAGGUUCCCCCCCCCCAUUGCGGUAACGACUUUAUUAAACUAUUAGUUAAAAGGAAUCUAAAUGUUGUAUAUACUUUUUAAAGGAAGAAACCGUAUUCUUUCUUCAUUUGAGGAAGAAAGCUUGCAGAUACAUGAAUGUUUACAAAAAAAACGUUCUUGUGGUUUUGUUGAAACUCCUUCCGACUUGAGCUUUUUUUCAAUAAUUCUCCGUAUUUUUCAUUGAUGGAGUGAUUUGUUCAUAAAAUUGAUUUCACAGGAAUAUGUAGAAAAAACAAGAAGUAAAUAAUAAGACGAUAUACACGGGUUUGUGUCUUGUUUUAUAAUAUUAAAUUAGUUCUGGUUCUUAAUUUUGGACUGCAAAUUUCAAUGCAUUAUCAGUCAUCGCCUGGUGGGUGUUUCAUAAAGAUAUUCAUAAGUUAAGAGCGACUUUAAGAACGACUGGUGAUCCUUUCUUUUGGUAAAUGAUAUUCACCAUUAAUGUUCAUUGGUGAUUAUCUAGCGCGUAAGAAAUGUUCACCAGUCGUUCUGAAAGUCGCUCUUAACUUACGAACAGCUCUAUGAAACGCCGGCCCCAGGAUCUUUUAGCAGUCCAUAAGUGCACGCAUGACUUUACAAACCACGUGUUACGAUUUUCUAGGUAUGACAAGCCAAAUGGGUAUGCCUUUCAUUUGUUUAUUCAUUAAAUCACUAAUCCCUGCUCAAUGGAGCGUGCAAUUUCUGCGCCAAUUUCACUUGAUUAUCUAAAAUGCCAUACUUUGCUUGGACAUCAGAAAAAACGUUUGAGCUCAUCGUUUGGCGUUCCAUACCCCACACACGGUGAAGUCAUGCGUACCUUGUGAAACAUUGCACUCUCGUAAAUGAAUGAAUGAAUAGGAACUGAUCGCUAUUCCAAAGUUGUGUCAUCUCAAACUAUAUGUCUCCGGUUUCAAAUAUUGUAUUUAUGUCAUGAUGGCUGCAAUAUUGAAGAAGAUGAAUUUUGCUAACCGUUCUUAUAAUCAUGAUAAUAGACAAUCAUGAUAACAGACAAUCUCGAGCAAUGUUCAUUCCGGGGAAGUGUGAUUUUUAUAGGUAUAUUUUUGUGAUUUUGUACAGAAUGAACGACCUACGACUUUGAGGCUGUAAUGGUACACUGUAAAAUCUGUGGUGUUAAAACUGACACCGAUUGGUUUCAAUAGAGGUCCACACCCUGAGGUGUUAAAAUAACACCCUUGAGAUUGAACAUAACACCAACGAGUGUACAUGUAACAACCAUAGGUGUUGUAAUAACACCUAUAGGUGUAAAACUAACACCACCAAUUUAACACCGGUGUAGAAUAACUGGUGUGGUCCUCUCUGUAAUACGGUUAACACCACAGUUUUUGCUGUGUAAUAAGUAAAAUCUUCUCAUUGACUACUACACAAUAUAUUCUUUGAUAUAUGGCAUUAAAAAUCAAUUAAGAGGCUCAUUAGAAAGAGGUUUAUGAAAGUGUAAUAUUGGCUGCAUGAGUAACACUGUUUUAACUUAAACGAUCGUGACAUUAUUGAAUAAGUAACAUUUGUAUAUAUUUCAUCAAAUAUUUCGUGUUAUAUUCAGAGGCUUAUAUCGAAACAGUUCCAACAUAUAUUUAGGAUAAAUUAUGUACAGGACUUUUAUAUAUAUUUAAGCCUUGGAGGCAGCUAUAGCCUUGUUCGGUUGCCUUAGGGGUGUUGUAAGAAAAUCUUUGCGAUCGAACGCAAAAUUCAGGUGCAAAUUUACAAGUGAUAGAUCAUUUUUAACUGAAGCAAAUUAUUUUUUUUAAUGCAAGAGGCAGACCUUCAAUCAAUGGCAAAUUUAAAUCAUGAAAAGCAUGACCUUCAACUGAAAAUCUAUUUGCAACCAGUAAGUUUCUUGCAACGCCCCGUUAGCUUUAUCGAGAUCCGGAUAUACGUUAGUCGAUUACUAUAUCGAUACUUUUGAUAUCGAUGCAAAAAAUGAGACAAUGCAAUUUUUUUCAAUUGAUUCGCUUGUCAUUCUUUUGCCACCACCACGCUAACGAUCACGGACGAGUCCAUCGGAGCAGUCAACUAAACACUAAGCUUUGUCUGAGGCUUGGCAUAUUUUUUUGGAGAAAUAGGUAUAUGCGGUCUUUCAAUAUGCAAGAUUAUCUUCAGUAAAAUAAUUAUAUGAAUAUUUUGGGUUAAUAAUCUCGUUAUGGGGUGUGUUUAUGAUGUAUAUAUAUUUAAAUAUUUCCCUCAAUACUUUUAUCUAAAUACUAAGCUCUGUAAAACAUUUUGAUAUUAUCUUAUAUAAUUGUGUAUAGCUCCUGUGUUUAUUCCCCAUGCCUAUUUGAUAAUGUAAAAUAAUUUCCCUAUUGAAAAGUGUGGCACGGUGUGUUCACAGUGUGGAACACCUGUUUAAAUUUGAGCAUUUCAACAGCGUGAAUCACAUAUUCACGUAGUCAACCAUGUGAACACGCCGUGAACAGUCAAUUGAUAAGGUGUCCGCAGUGUGAAAAUACCUUCACAAUGAGGGAUACGAGCAAUUUAACAGUGUGCAUUAUUUCAAAUAGUCGGCAGUGUGAACACACUGUGUUCUUUCAAGCGGGGCUGUUGUCCUUCGAAAUAUGAUUCUAAUUUAAUCCUUUAACACUAAUAAUCAUAACAAGUGAAGUGUUAUUGUAACUUAAUUGUGCUGAUAUUAAUCGCAUACCAGUCUUGCUUUGCAAGGCUAAGUGUGUUACGAAGAGCAGGCGAACUAUGAUCCGGGGAAUAUAUAAAUAAUACGAGUGAAUUUCAGUUUCAAAAACAAUAAUAUUAAUGAUAGACGUAAUAAAGUUAGAAUUGUAUUAUGAUAUCGGUAUGAAAAUCAUUGAAAUAUCCAAGUUAUUUUUUUUUGAAAACAUGCAUGAGAUUCCUAUAUGUUGAAGUGGGUUUCGUGAACUCGUGUCUGAACCGUUUUUGCAAUUAGGAAUUCAAAACUCAUAUAAUAUAUGAUUUAUAUAUAUAAAUAUAUAUAUAUCUAUAUUUCCCAGUUGGCAAGUCAUUGUUAAAUAACAAAAUGUACUUUCUAAAUAUAAUGGAGUGCAAUAUCAAGUUUUAACAAAUAUAACGCUAUGAGAAAACGUUUUUGUAUUUUUGCAGUUGAAAUCUACGUGUAAAGUACUGCACAGUGCACAUUUAAUUGUAUCUUCUUCUGUCAAUAAUACAUAAACAAUUUAAUUUCUUUUCAAUUUAGUUGUUAAGAAUUCAAAUCGUAUGAAAAUCAUCUCCUAUCGGGGAGUUCGCAGUCGUUUUGCUUAAUAGAUAAAAAUUACUUCUGUGUUAUGAUUUGUCUUUUUACUUUUUUUCAGUUCUUGAUAAUAAAUAUGUAGA